GCGUUGCUCUUCGCUCCAUAUAAUAAUAGCCUCUCAUAAACCCUUAUCUUAAAUCCUAAAGCCCCUUCCUUCUUUUCACUUCUCCUCCGAAACAAAUAGAGAAUAAAGAUGUUGUGUUCGUUCUUUAGUCAAUGAUUGCGAGUUAACUCACCACUUCGAGAGAUUAAAAAAAUAGAGAGAGGACAAAGAUAUAUUGAAGAGAGAAUAGCAGCAAAAAAAAAUAAAAUAGAAAUGAAGUCUUUCUGUGAUAAUGAUGAUAGUAAUACGACUAAUUUGCUAGGGUUUUCGUUGUCUUCAAAUAUGUUGAAAAUGGGUGGUGGAGAAGCUCUUUACUCAUCUUCGUCUUCUUCAGCUGCAACUUCUUCUGUUCCACCACAGCUUGUUGUUGGCGACAACAGUAGCAACUAUGGAGUUUGCUACGGUUCUAACUCAGCAGCAAGGGAAAUUUAUUCUCAAAGGGAAAUGUAUUCUCAAAUGUCUGUGAUGCCACUCAGAUCUGACGGUUCUCUUUGCUUAAUGGAAGCUCUCAACAGAUCUUCUCACUCAAAUCAUCAUCACCACACUCAAGUUUCAUCUCCAAAGAUGGAAGAUUUCUUUGGGACCCAUCAUCACAACACAAGUCACAAAGAAGCCAUGGAUCUUAGCUUAGACAGUUUAUUCUACAACACCACUCAUUCGCCAAACAACAACACCAACUUUCAAGAGUUCUUUAGCUUCCCUCAAACAAGAAACCACCACGAGGAAGAAACAAGAAACUACGAGAAUGACCCUGGUUUGACACAUGGAGGACGGUCUUUUAAUGUAGGGGUAUAUGGUGAAUUUCAACAGUCACUGAGCUUGUCCAUGAGCCCUGGGUCACAAUCUAGCUGCAUCACUGCCUCUCACCACCACCAAAACCAAAACCAAACUCAAAACCACCAUCAGAUCUCUGAAGCUUUGGUCGAGACAAGUGCUGGAUUUGAGACAACAACAAUGGCUGCUGCUUCUAAGAAGAAGAGAGGACAAGAAGUGGUCGUUGGACAGAAACAGAUUGUUCACAGAAAAUCUAUUGAUACUUUUGGACAACGAACUUCGCAAUACCGAGGCGUUACAAGACAUAGAUGGACUGGUAGGUAUGAAGCUCAUCUAUGGGACAAUAGUUUCAAGAAGGAAGGUCAUAGCAGAAAAGGAAGACAAGUUUAUCUGGGGGGUUAUGAUAUGGAGGAGAAAGCUGCUCGAGCAUAUGAUCUUGCUGCACUCAAGUACUGGGGUCCCUCUACUCACACUAAUUUCUCUGUGGAGAAUUAUCAGAAAGAGAUUGAUGACAUGAAGAACAUGACUCGACAAGAAUAUGUUGCUCACUUGAGAAGAAAAAGCAGUGGUUUCUCUAGGGGUGCUUCCAUCUAUAGAGGAGUCACCAGACAUCACCAGCAUGGAAGGUGGCAAGCCCGGAUCGGUAGAGUCGCUGGAAACAAAGAUCUCUACCUUGGAACUUUCGGAACUCAAGAAGAAGCGGCGGAAGCCUAUGAUGUGGCAGCUAUCAAGUUCCGUGGCACAAACGCGGUGACUAACUUUGACAUAACAAGGUACGAUGUUGAUCGCAUAAUGGCUAGUAACACUCUCUUGUCUGGAGAGAUGGCUCGAAGGAACAGCAACAGCAUCGUGGUCCGCAACAUUAGCGACGAGGAAACCGCCUUAACCGCUGUCGUGGACGGUGGUUCUACUAAGGAAGUGGGUAGCCCGGAGAGGGUUUUGAGUUUUCCGACGAUAUUUGCGUUGCCUCAAGUUGGUCCGAAGAUGUUCGGAGCAAAUGUGGUUGGAAAUAUGAGUUCUUGGACCACGAACCCUAAUGCUGACCUCAAGACCGUUUCUCUUACUCUGCCGCAGAUGCCGGUUUUCGCUGCGUGGGCUGAUUCUUGAUCCAAUCUAAUGGCUAACUCUGGUUUUCUUGGUUUAGGGUCCAAGUGUGUAAGUUUAUCUCCGGGUUUAUCCGGUUUGAAUUAUUGUUCGGUUUAGUUUAUCGAUAUAAAUAGUCUGCUUAGGAGCGUUAUAUGUUUCUUUUGAGUUGUAUUCAUGUGAAACAGAAUGAAUCUCUCUAUAACAUAUGUUAUCAA